UGUGAAAGACAGUCAGCUCCUGCACUGGAGAACGGCGAGUGUGUGUGUGUGUGGCUGACCUCGCACUGAAUGGACUAGAUUCACAGCCACGUAAGUAGCACACCACGGAGAUGAUGUCUUGCUGAAAGAAGGGAUAGGCCUGACGAAGCCGGCCGUCCCUUUCUCUCCGAGCAGCUAAAUCGUCGCCCGUUCGAGCGUUUGGUCGGAUUUACCCAAAUUCGCCGCAGAAGACAUCGGCUGCCAGGCAUAACAAAGGGCUGGUAAUCGGGACGAUUUUUCUGGCCAUAUUUGGUCGAUGGUCCCUGCAGCUGCACGGAUAUGAUCUGUGGAACCAGGCCCGUGCAUGCACACAGAGCAUUCUCUCAGGACAUCUGAACCACUAACCGGUUAGCUAGUUAGCCGGAGCCCCCAAGGCUCCAUUCUCGCUGGCUAUCCAAGUUAGCAUUCUCCUGGUAUUCGAUGAGCCCUCAUUUGGAAAUCUAGCAUUUCCCCGUAAUGCAUCCUGAGUAAAAAUUGUUAGCCUUGUAGCUAAUAAUGUUCAACGGUUUUGCACUUGCCUUUAUGGUGUAGCAUCUUUACAGUGUCUACCUAGUGUCUUGCAACAUUUAAUGUUAAAUCUAAUGGUCGGUUUGUCUACAUCAAUGUUAUAAUCAUCCAAUGAAGCACUGCACCUUGAAGGUUGCCUUCUCACUUAAACUAAAGCAACUUUCCUUAUCGCAGUGGAUACGCUGUAUUUUCUAAUCAUAGAUGUCGUUUAUGGUUUUAUACGCAAGGUCUUCAUAGCUAGGCACGGUAUCUUUUUUGUCAAAUUUUGGCAGCAUUUGAAGUGGAACCCGUCGCCUUUGUCUAAUCUCUUAUCUGGCUACGUAAGUAGCCUGUCAUUUUUGUAUUGCAGCGAUAUUCGUGCCCCUCAAAUUUAGUGUCAAUAAAUUAUUUUUGGGGCUUUGAAUCGACGCAGCAUUCGAUUCGGCACAUUCUAUAUUGUCCUUAAAUUGUGGUGAAUGAUUGCCGUCUGUCUCUGAUUCGACCUCCCUUCCCGGUGGAAUUCCCUUGCACAAUCGAAGAUCCCCCCGCUUCCUCUGGAAAUAUCUCCGCCUAUCCCCAUGAACAUACAGAGGUCAAAUCCCAUUAACAUUUCACGUUAUGGGAGGUCACGGCACAAAACGCACGACUUUGAGGAGUUAACUUGCCUGAGGACUACAGAAUCGAAUCAGAGUUUCAGUCCUAAUUUGGGAUCACCGAGUCCUCCGGAGACUCCGGAUUCCUCUCAUUGCAUUUCUUGCAUCGGGAAUUACCUCUUGUUGGAGCCACUAGCGGGAGACCACGUUUUCAGGGCCGCCCACCUUCACACUGGCGAGGAGCUCGUCUGUAAGGUGUUUGAUAUCCGGCGCUACCAGGAGUCGCUGGCGGCCUACUUCGCCCUGGGCGCGCACCAGCACAUCAACCAGAUCGUGGAGAUCCUGCUGGGCGAGACGCGCGCCUACGUCUUCUUCGAGCGCAGCCAUGGCGACAUGCACUCGUUCGUGCGCAGCUGCAAGCGGCUGCGGGAGGAGGAGGCCGCGCGGCUCUUCCGGCAGAUCGCCGCCGCCGUCGCCCACUGCCACGAGCACGGCCUGGUGCUGCGCGACCUCAAGCUCAGGAAGUUCGUCUUCAAGAACGAGGAGAGGAGUCUGGUGAAGUUGGAGAGCUUGGAAGACACACACCUUCUGGAAGGUUCCGACGACUCUCUGUCCGACAAGCACGGCUGCCCGGCGUACGUGAGCCCCGAGAUCCUGAACGGCGGCGGGCGCUACUCGGGCAAGGCGGCGGACGUGUGGAGCCUGGGCGUGAUGCUCUACACCAUCCUGGUGGGCCGCUACCCGUUCCACGACGUGGAGCCCGGCUCGCUCUUCUCCAAGAUCCGCCGCGGCCACUUCAGCCUGCCCGAGACGCUCUCGCCCAAGGCCCGCUGCCUCAUCCGCAGCCUGCUCCGCCGCCAGCCCUCCGAGCGCCUGACGGCCCGCGAGCUGCUCGACCACCCCUGGUUCGCCGCCUGGGCCGGCCCGACGGCGCCCCCUGCGGGUGGACACGGGCGCGCGGAGCGCGAGCACGACCAGGCCGUCCCCGAGGCCAACAUGGAGGAGGAGCUGGAGCAGCUCUUCAGCUGAGCUGAGUAGCGCAGCGCAGUAUGGCAGCACCGCAAUGUGACGACACCGCAAAACAAACAUGUAAACAAACAGACUAACAAACAAACAAACAAACAAACAAACAAACAAGGCCAACCAAUGGCUUACACGCUUUCUCACCAGGGAAAACAAUGGGAUGGGGGCGGAGGAAACUACAACCAACAAACAAACAAGCAAACAAGCAAACGAAACCAACUCAUGGCCAGGCGUUUUUGUCACGGGGAAUCAAUGGGACAGGGAGGUGGUCAUGAUGUGUAAACAAACAAACAAACAAACAAAGGCAGCCAAUAGGCAUGUGUGUUGUCUCGGGAAAUGACAUUAGAUGAGAAUGAAGAGUCUGUGGAGAGUGAAUGAACGAUUCGCUCGUUUCAUCGAAGAAAAACAAACAAACAAACAAAAACAAACUUAAGGUGUCGAUCUUUCGUUAUUUUUUCAUUCCACUGACAAACCUCAGCAGGUC